AUGCUUAAUGCAAAUACUCUGAAAGUCGCAGUCCGUGUAAGGCCCUUCAAUCAGAGAGAAAAGUCAAUGAGAAGAAAAUGCAUCGUCUCUAUGGUUGGCAACAGUACCACCAUUGUCAAUCCCAAAGAUCUCAGCAACAAAAGAACAUUUAACUUUGAUUAUUGUUAUUGGUCGAUGGAUGGAUACAUUGAGGACGACCAGGGAGUCUUUCUGCCUGAUGGGCCCCACAGCAGAUACAUCGAUCAGGAAAGAAUCUUUAAUGACCUUGGGAGAGCUGUGCUGGAGAAUGCCUGGAAGGGGUACAAUACAACGCUCUUUUCCUAUGGACAGACAGGAUCAGGGAAGAGCCACUCAAUGACGGGAUUUGGAAGAAACAAGGGUCUCGUUCCCAUGAUUUGUGAAGAACUCUUCAAGGAAAUUAAAUUGCAGCAAAACAAGGACAUAGAGUUUUAUGUUUAUUUUAGCAUGUUUGAGAUCUACAAUGAACAGGCUAAGGACCUCCUCUCAAAGAUUCGAAACCCUAAUGGUCUGCGGAUCCGGGAAGGCAAAAAUGGAUUUUAUGUUGAGUGCCUUAAGUCAGUACUGUGUAGCAGUUUUGGUCAGCUUGAGGCUUUCCUGAAGCAAGGAAUCCGGAACAGAAGCGUUGCUUCAACUAAUUGGAACACCAAUAGCAGCAGAUCCCACAUGGUCAUCAGAAUCCACUUUCAGCAGGUGUUCGCAGACCAACAUAGUGUGAAGCAUUCGGAGAUUGACCUGGUGGAUUUGGCUGGCAGUGAAAGGCAGCGAAGUGCAGGAGUCACUUCUGACAGAUUCAAUGAAGCACGAGCAAUCAAUCUCAGUCUAACAACUCUUGGAAAUGUUAUUAGUUCCCUAUCGGACAAGGCUGUGGGCAAGAGAGUUCAGUACAUUCCUUAUCGGAACUCUGUGCUUACCAGAUUACUCAGCUCGGCCCUGGGAGGGAACAGCAAGACGUUUAUGGUUGCAACGAUAAGCCCUGCAGACAUCUGUUAUGAUGAGACGAUGUCAACAUUGCGAUUUGCAGAAAGAGCUAAGAGUAUCCAGAACAGAGCAAUGAUUAAUGAAAGUAUAACUGAACAAUUUUUCAUGGAUCUGAAAGCAGAUAAUACUAGAUUGCAAGCAAGAAUUGUUGAUUUGGAGAAGGCUGGUGAUAUCCACAUUGAUGAGCGAGAGAUGCUUAAACAACGAAUUUUAGAAAAUGAAAGACAAGUGAAAGAAAUACAGAAAUCAUGGCAACAGAAACUAGAAGAGGCAAGGAAAGAAUGGGAACAACAAUGUAGCAUUAUUACAAAGGAAGAGAUGAUGAUGGCAGUGUUUCCCUAUUUGUUGAACGUUAAUGAAGAUCCCCAAUUGUCCGGGGUGAUUCGGCACUUUAUUCAUAAUGAAACCCAGAAUGAGUUAGUGUUCUAUAAUUACAACUACAGAAUGGUGAAGCCAGAAAUUUCUUUUUAUGCUUUAGGCACCUCUGCAAUAGGACGCACUGUUGGUUUGGAGCAUGACAUUGUUUUGAAAGGACCUGGGAUUCUAGACAAGCAUGCAGUGAUAACCGUUUUUGAGCACAAAGUGAUAAUUGAGCCUGUAAACCAAGCCAGGGUUAGAGUCAAUGGAGGAACCCUUUUCACUAAACAUCAGCUGAAACAUCUGGACAGAAUUAUAAUUGGAUCCAGUUCGUUCUUCCUAUAUGUGGGCUUUCCACAUGAACAAAGUGAUAGAGAUAAAAUACACAAAUACAAUUAUGAUUUUUUUACUUCCGAACUGGCGUCUGUUGAAGGAUUUGGACAGGUGAAACUAGGACCAGAUGGAAAACAAGAAGAAAAUAUGGAUCCUAACUUGACUCGAAUUUUCCAUGACUUCAUAGCUAUCAUGCCUAUGGUAGCUCAAGUGAACCAAAUCAGUGAAGAACUUAACAGGGCUGUUAUCUUUGAGCUUCAGGUGAAGAAUUUGGCAUCAACAGAUGCCAAGGGAGAAGAGUUAGAAAAAGAAAUUUCAAUAAAGGUAACAAACAAGAUAGACAAACAGGUUGCCAUAUGGACACAAGACAAGUUCACUGAUCGAAAGCUUCUAAUUGAAGACAUUUACCAGGAUUUUCUAGAAAAUGGAACAGUGCAUAACAAGAUGAAACAAGAUCCAUUUUGGGAUCCUGUUGAGACCUUGCAUCUUGGGAGUGCCCAUGUGUGGUUGGAGACAUUGGCAUAUUGCAUAGCCUAUGAAGACCAGGUGGAUGUCAAUAACCAUCAUGGAAAAGAAGAAGCAGUUGUACAGGUUAGACUGCUUCCCUGCACGCCAAGAGGAGAUCCGCUGGGAGAGGAAUCUGUCGUCGUCAAUCCGGAUAAUCUGCUGGGAAAGCGCAUGGACUUUCAAAUGGAGAUUAGUUUGUGUUUAGGAGUGAAAUGGAUCCGAGAAAACAGCAACAGAGGAGUUCAAAUAGGAUUUAUGAUGUACAGUCUCCCUACAACAUUCUAUACCCCUGCAGUCUGGAAUAAUACUAAUCCUCUCCUGGAUUACUCAGUGUGCUUCACAAUUCAACACGUUACUCCAGAUUUCCUUAGCUAUCUGAAGACACACGCAGUGGUCCUGGAGCUAUGGGGUCUGCAAGAACCAGGGGACGACAUGAGCUAUCCUCCAGUCUUCUGGUACUUCACCUGUGGCAAACGAAGAAGCAAAAUUCUCCAUUAG